AGCACUGUAGAUAGUUAGGUUGGUUUUAUAAAACUACACAUGCAAUUAUACUCCUUAGUUUACUGUUAAGUUAUUGUUUGUAGUUACUUUUUAGGAUUGCAAGAUAACAGGUUGAUUAUGUCUGAUCGAAUUCCAUCACUUCAUUCUGUUUUGUCACCUACGGCUAGUGUUAAAAAUGCUCAAUCUUCGCUAAGAAGUUGUAGCUAUAAUAACGCCAAUUGUCAGGGAAUGACAACUAGAAAACUUGGUGCUUUGGCUGGUGGAAAAAAUCAGCCAAAAAAUCCAAUUAAAGCAGUAUUAGCCGGUGGAAUCGCUGGCGGUAUCGAGAUCUGUAUAACAUUUCCUACAGAAUAUGUGAAAACGCAACUGCAGUUGGCGGAAAGUGUAAAACCACCCAAGUAUACAGGUAUCGUAGACUGUGUAGGUCAAACUGUAAGAAGCCAUGGUAUUCUUGGUUUAUACAGAGGUCUAAGUUCCCUGGUGUAUGGCUCAAUUCCUAAAGCAGCAGUCAGGUUCGGUGUGUUUGAAGCAUUAUCAAACAGAGUACGAGAUUCAAAUGGUAUGUUAACUUCCACACAAGGUUUGAUGUGUGGGUUAGGUGCUGGGCUUGCAGAAGCUGUUAUUGUUGUGUGUCCCAUGGAAACUGUGAAAGUCAAAUUUAUUCAUGACCAAAGCAGUGCCAACCCAAAGUAUAAAGGAUUCUUUAGAGGGGUUGUUCAAAUUGUUAAGGAACAAGGUAUAAAGGGAACCUACCAGGGAUUAACGGCCACCAUGAUGAAGCAAGGAUCAAAUCAAGCCAUCAGAUUUUAUGUCAUGACGUCACUUAGGAAUUGGUACAGAGGCGGUGACCCUGGUAAAGAAAUUGGAUUGUUGACAACUGGUGCGUUUGGUGCUAUUGCUGGUGCAGCUUCUGUGUUUGGAAAUACACCAUUAGAUGUGGUGAAGACUCGCAUGCAGGGCCUUGAGUCACAUAAAUACAAGAAUACUUGGGAUUGUGCUAAACAAAUCUGGCAAAAUGAAGGAGCUUUGGCGUUCUACAAAGGGACUAUACCCCGGUUAGGACGUGUGUGUGCAGAUGUUGCCAUAGUUUUCAUGCUGUAUGAACAAACUGUUAAGUUCCUGAAUAUUGUUUGGCCUGAGAAAACACAAUGAUAGCAGUAUCUUGCAAAAUCACUUUAUAUAAAGCUAAGUUUUGAUAUGACAACCUUUAAGCACAUAGGCAUUGCUUAGUAUUGCAACAUAACCAUCCGUAGAUACAUGGUACUCUUCCUUACAUACUCAAAAUACCUGUUUGUAACUGUUCCAUCAAAAUUAUGUUAUAUCAAUAGUUACCUACGAAAUAUUGUCCAAUAUUACGAAUGAAUUGUGCAACAACAUGCAUUAUAAUUGCAUUGUGGUGACAGGCCACUGUUUCUAUAACCUGCAAUUGUUAGUAUUUUCCUAUUUAGUAGCGUAUGAGUUAAUUAUUAUUUGUAGAUUUAGUUUUGUGCUGCUAUGAAUAUCUAUAUAGAACUUAUUAAUCUAUUCGGUGCAGUUUUGCAAAUGCAUUCGGUAGAACAAAUUAUAUAUCUCCUUGUUUGACAAAUAAAAAUGCUGUAAUUCAAUAAAUAUUGUCUUUGUUUA